AGAGGGGGCGGGGCCAGGACCGGAGGGGGCGGGGCCGGGACCAGAGGGCGGCUCCUGUGGCGUGCACACCCGGAAGCGUGGCCGCGUCAGCGCUCAGAGCCGGUGGAGGCGUAGUCACCGCCGCAGCCACCACCUCCUCCUCAAUCAUGCCGAAGCACGAGUUCUCGGUGGAUAUGACCUGUGAAGGCUGUUCUAACGCAGUCACUCGAGUCCUCAACAAGCUAGGAGGAGUUCAAUUUGACAUUGACCUGCCCAACAAAAAGGUCUGUAUCAACUCUGAGCACAGCGUGGACACUUUGCUGGAGACCCUGGGGAAAACAGGAAAGGCUGUCUCCUACCUUGGCCCCAAAUAGAGAGGCCCCAUCCAGCAGCCUGCAGGAUGGACCAACAUGGGCAGUGAAAUGAGAUGAUGCAGGCACACGGUGGGUGCUCAGCCUGGCUACUGUUAUCAUCAUUGCAGAGUCUUGGGGAAGAAGACCUGGCUGGUUGUCCAGUCCAAUGUCCACACACACCCCCACCCUGCCUCCCCCCGAUAGUGGGGCCCCAAGUCUUGGCCUGCAUACCAGCCCUGAGAGAGAGCUCUACAAGCAACUGGCUCAACUCCAGACAGCUCUGGGCGGCGGGGAAAUUCUGGUGUUGAGCCCACACACAUCUCCCCAGCACUUCUCAUAAUGGAGGCUAGAUAUAUCAUGACACUCAGGCAUCAGUCCAGCCGCUCCCCAUGGUGGUGCCUCAGAGGCAGAACACACUCCCUUACCCAUUCCUACUCCCAUCCCUGGCCCACCCCCUCAGCUCUUCCUCGGGGACACAGCUGGAGUCAUCAGACCACCUGGUCACCAGCCUCCUUGUUAAUGCCGCGCCCACCCCCCCCCCCCCCCCCGCUUUUUUUUAGCUGUACCUCAGGGCAGGUAGGAUCUUAGUUCCCUGAUAAGGGAUCAAACCUGUGCCCCCUACAGUGGAAGCAUGGAGUCUUAACCACUGAACUUCCAGGGAAGUCUUCCUUGAUGCCCUUUUGAUAGUGGAAGCCGAGAAAACACAAGAGAGCCGAGCAGCCCUGGGCCCCCACUGCUGCUAGGCCCACUCAUACGGUUCCUGGCACCUGGCUCAUGUGCCACCCCACCCGACUUGACUUGAUCCCCACCCUACUCCGCUUGACAUUUUGGGGAGUGUGUUCCUGAAUCCUAUGGCUCCAUAAUAGGUCUGAGGCUACCUGGUCAGGCCACCGCCCAUCUCAGACCUGACCCCUCCCCUGCUCCGUCACUGCCCCUCCCAGGGUCCAGUUUGGAAACCAUCCUCCCUUAAGCGCCACUGACGGGUAUCUAGCUCCUUUUUUUCUUUUCUUCUUUCUGGUCUAAACAGAAGCUGUGGUUCCCUCUGUAUUCCUGGUAAUUAGAGGCCAGAAAAGCCACUGAGAUGGUAGGAAGGGCUAGAGGGAGAGGUGGAAGGUUAGAGGCUGGGGGAGCAGCCCGGAACCUCUAAGUGCUUCAAGUGCCCUCCAGUGCUGAGACAAGCUCCCCAGACCCUUCUACCACCACCUCCUGCCUCUGCCUCCUCCUCACACCAAACUCCAGAGGUGGCAGAGGCCUUGAGGAAUUCUAGAAUGUUAGAACUGGACAGCUCUUUAGAAAGAAAAACUCCUACUGCCUCAUAAUGGAACUAUGUAAGUUGUGAUGGUGAUACAGAAUUAAAACCAUCUUAUUUAUAAAUCA